AAAUCCAACGUCCUUGUGGCCUUUUCGGGAUUUUUGUCUAUUGCAAUUCUCAAAAACAGUCGCUGCUGUGUAUAUAAGCAACGGAAUAAGCCAUUCUGACCCAUUUUGUGAAAAUUUAAAUUGAUCGUCAAAUAAAUAACGUGGAGGGAAACUUUAUCACGCAACAUUUUCCUUCAUCAAGCUCGUGCAGUCGAUCCCGCGAUUUUACUCAAGAAACAGCCAUUUUUCCUUCUGCUAUCGAAAUGGGUUUAUUAAAUUCAAAUAUUUUUGCCACGCAUUUUCGAUGUUUGUGUCUGGUAGCAAUUUUUUUUAUAAGUUCAUGCGAGUUGUCCGAAAUUGAUAUUCCCAAUCAGGGCAAAAUUCUUGGAAUCGAAUUAUCCAAAGCCAGAGUGCAGAAAAUUAUGGCAUAUUUUGGAAUACCUUACGCACAACCUCCAGUUGGAAACUUGAGAUUUGCACCUCCGGUUACAAAUCCUCUUCCUGAGUGGAAAGACGUUAGAAAUUAUUCGUCGUAUCUACCGGGUUGUCUCCAGGUGAAAGAAGAUUACAAGGACUCUGAAUUACCAUUUUUGCAAUUGUUAACUGAUGAGAAAUUACCCACCGUUGUAAGUGAAGACUGCUUAUACUUGAAUAUUUUUGUACCUAAUGCUCCUAAGCCACCUCAGGGUUAUGCCACAAUAAUUUGGAUUCAUCCGGGAAAUUUCACAACCGGUUUACCCUCAAUCUGGAACCCGCAUACACUCGUCUAUAGGCAAAGGGUUAUCAUAGUUACUUUUGCUUGGAGACUGAACAUUAUGGGAUUUUUUACAACAAUGGAUGCGGAAGUAUCUGGCAACUACGGCUUAAUGGAUCAACAAGCCGCAAUGGAUUGGGUGAAAAAGAACAUUGAAUUAUUCGGGGGAAAUUCUAACAACAUUUGUCUUAUGGGUUAUGGCACAGGCGCUACCAGCAUCGGCAUUCAUAUGAUCAAUCAGCAAUCGAGAGACCUGUUUCACAAGGCAAUAGUAAUGAGUGGAAGUUUGUUCCAGCCAUCAGCCAUUCGAUAUCCUCAGGAAGAUGAAUUGGUUGUAGAUAAGCUCGCCAAAGAGUUUGGCUGUUUAAGAAAACCAACGUUUCGCUUGCUGGAAUGCUUACGACGUGCUGAACCUGAUUCGUUAGUUCAGCAAACCUCAAAUAUUAACUGGAGGCCUCUUAUUGAUAAGGAUUUAACUAACCAGAGCGCUCCAUUUCUACCAGAACCUCCAAAGAACUUUUUCGAUCGUGAAGAUUAUGCAAAAAUUCCUGUUUUAACUGGAUAUACAAAUAUGGAACAAGGCCUCGAACUUGACGAUAUCGACGCUAACGUCACAUAUUCUUCAGAAAUACUUCACCAAAUUAUGGAAGAACUUGUUAGGGGAGAUCUUCCCAACAUAAAUAUCACAGAAUCCUCUUGUAAUUAUAAUUAUGACCACGUAGUGGAUUCAGUAAUGUUUUUCUAUUCACCCCCCACUCCAAAAUAUGAUGCAGACACGCUGAGGACUAUCAUAGGAAACUUCAUGGUUGAGAAAACGUAUGGUUCUUCCACGAUUUUACUGGCUUCAUAUUUAAGCAUAAAUCAGCCAACAUUCGUCUACAGAUUUGAUAUGAAACCCAGUUCUAAAAUAGCGAAUAAAAAUCUACCAAAUUGGGUACAGGUACCACAUUUGUUCGAUUUAACCUACGUUUGGGGCUUGCCCUACUGGAAACCCGAUCAGCAAGAAUGGGAUCCCAGAGACAAACGAAUAGCUGAUACCGUUAUGUCUUUUUGGACCAAUUUUGCUAAAACAUCUGAUCCAACGAAAAAUACAAUUUACCCGAUAAAAUGGGAUCGUUUUACAAAAGACAAUCCUGGUUUAUUAAUUAUGGACAAUAACAUAUACAUGAGCAGUUCGAAAAGUGUCAACUACAAGGCUUUCGAAUUUUGGAACGAAUAUUAUCCUAAGGUGUUGUCUAUCGCUACAGAAUGCUGUGGUCUAUCUGAUUCCAGUUCUUUAGUAGUGUCUCAUAUAAUCUUGCUUUUACUUUUAGGAAUUCAAUUACUUCUCGUAUUUUAAUUUUAUCUGACUAAUUUGGCUAAUAUUUAUUAGCACAAUAAAAUGUUCCCAAAAAUAUCGAGAAUUAAUUUUUCUAUUCAGUAGAUAAUUGUAAAAAUGUUUAUAUAUUAAACACAUUUAGCUCUUGCAGAUAUCAGUACCUAUAAUGCAGAAGUGCACAUUUAAUUGUUUUCAAUGUAACGUUUAGUAUCUAUGAAAGACAAUUUAAAAAAUAUCGUUUGAUACUCUGCAUUUUUCAAAUCCUUUUAAUAGUUAUAGUUUUCCGUUUCGAUGUACUGAGCGGUAAAUAAGUAUUAAUAAAUUAAUAAUUGACUUGAGUAAAAUUGUAAGGAAAAUUAACUUAGCGACAUUUCGUAUAAAAUUUCUAUUUACAGGGCCCAACACUUUAAAAUAGCAAACGCAAGCAAUUAUAGGCGUUUAAUAACAUUAAGUUAACUAGAAAAAUUAGAUCUAACAUAAGUUUUUAUCCUGAUUCAAGACUCAGGCAUUGAAGCAUCUUCACUUACUCUUGUAUCUGUUCAAAAAAAUAUAUUUAAUUCUGAACAAAACUGGACACAUUCCCAUAGAAAUAUGUUUUUUUUUUGUUAAACUUUCAAUCACUCCUCGAAAUUUGUUGCAAAUAUUACAAAACAUUAUUUGUACAUGAAGAGCUAUUAGUUACUAUUAGCUCUUCGUUUGUUGUAGGCUGAAGAAGAAACAUGUAAUACAGGAGCAUUCUAUAUUCGAAAGUAACAUUAUGAAGUAAAAUAAACUUUUUUACUCCUCAAA